AUGCGACACGAGAAUGCAGUCCAGAGCCCCGGAAGCAGAGUUAUCUUCUCGGGCAUACAGCCCACGGGCAUCCCUCAUCUCGGCAACUACGUCGGCGCGCUGCGGCAUUGGGUGCAGCUGCAGCAACAGGAGCCCGACAGCGCGAAGCUGAUGUACUCCAUCGUUGACCUCCACGCCAUCACCACACCGCAGAACCCGGCGCAGCUGAGGCUUCAGAAACGCCAGAGCCUGGCUGCGCUGCUAGCUAUCGGCUUAGAUCCCGGAAGAUCCGUGCUAUUCUACCAGUCUUCCGUGCCCGCCCAUUCGGAACUCAUGUGGAUUCUGGCCUGCACUUCGUCUGUCGGCUACUUGUCCAGGAUGACGCAAUGGAAGCAAAAACUCAACAUCGUCGCGCCGGGGCGCCCCGAGGCCGAACAGACCGUUGGAAACCGUCUGAAACUUGGAUUGCUGUCCUACCCAGUUCUGCAAGCCGCCGAUGUCCUCGUUCACCGUGCCACACAUGUUCCCGUCGGUCAUGACCAGCGGCAGCAUCUGGAGUUUGCCCGUGAGUGUGCCACCAAUUUCAACCACGCAUAUGGUGCGCACCUCGUCCGUCCUCAUACCAUCGCUGCUUCUCCAGCACAUCGCAUCAUGUCCCUGUCGGAUCCAACAUCAAAGAUGUCCAAGUCGCACGAGCUGGGUCGGUCGCGGAUUCUAAUCACUGACACGCCAGAGGACAUCCGAACCAAGAUAUCUAUGGCGCUUACCGAUUCCAUACCAGGAAUCUCAUUUGAUCCAGCCGCGAGGCCCGGAGUGUCAAAUCUGCUCAACAUACUCUCAGCCUUUGACCCCGAGAAACGAAACCCAGAGCAGCUGGCGCAAGUAUAUGGCGCAGCCGACACUCGCUCCUUCAAAGACACCGUAUCAAAUGCCGUCAUUGCAGGGUUGCAGGGCAUCACAGGUCGUUAUAAUGAACUCAUGGGAGCCGAGAGUCUCUACCUAGAUCAUGUUGCUGCUGAGGGUGCGCGCAGGGCACGACAAAGUGCAGAUGAAACCAUGUGCAUAGUCCGGGCCGCAACUGGGCUAUGA